AUGAUCGACUACAAGCAUGGCGUCUGGGGCAUGGGCGUCUUAGUCCGGCUCCGUGGCUCCGUGAUCCCCAAAGCUCUGGUUUGGUCGUUGCCGUGCGCCUUUAUCACCGUCCUUUUGCAUCAGCUCUGGGACACCGAGAAGGGCACCGGCAAUGUGGAGAUGGAGGGCAUUACCACGAUGUGGUCCAGCUUCAGCUUUGUCCUCGGUUUCCUCAUUGUUUUCCGCAGCAACCAAGCCUACAGUCGGUUUUGGGAAAGCGUGACGCUCUUUCAGCAGACCAGUGGUGAGUGGACCAGCGCCUUGAGCAACCUGCUCUCCUUUUGCAGUGCGGACGAGGAAAUGAAGCAUGAGGUGGAGAAGUUUCAGCAAUUCUUGAUUAAGUUGCUGAGCCUCUUGCAUUGCAGUGCCUUGCAGACGAUGUGUGACUUGGACGACGACUCAUUGGAGAUCCUCAGCGUCUCAGGCAUCAGCGAGAAGAGCCUGCUCCACCUGAAAAACAGCCCGGACCGCGCCGAGACGGUUCUCCUCUGGAUCGAGCGCUUGAUCAUCGAGGCGAAUAACCGGAAUCUCUUUGAAGUACCCCCGCCCAUUUUGUCGCGGGCCUUCCAAGAGCUCUCCCGCGGCAUGGUCGGCGUCACCAACGUGCGGAAGAUCCGCAUGGUGCCCUUCCCAUUUCCGUACUCGCAGUAUUUGUCCUUGAUGCUCAUUGCCCAUUGGAUCAUGACACCCGUGGUGGCUUGCCAUCUAGUCGUAAGGCCCUGGUGGGCCGGGAUCAUUGUCUUUGUGGUGUCAACCUCUUUUUGGACCUUGUUCUACAUCGCCCAGGAGAUCGAUCAGCCUUUCGGAGAGGAUGCCAACGACUUGCCCGUGCGAGAAAUGCAAAAGGCCUUCAACGAGAAGCUCGAGUUCUUUUCGGAGCCCUUGUCCUACACCUUGCCGGACUUUACCUUGCGAACGCAGACGCACAAGAAGACCCAGGUUUUAAAUUCCAGCUUUACUUUCAGAACUUCCUCACAGUCCUUGUCGAAUGUGGACGUCGAGGAGGGACGUUCGGAGUCCUCACAAGCGAUGAGCUCACCCAGACCUGAGGAGGAGACGUCCAUGCAGGUGCUGACGGCUGGGGGCUUCAGCGUGGUGGGGCCGGACGAGGUGGUGGACAUGUCGGUCGAUGACCAACUGAACCUCCAGGAGCUGCAGGUCUUGAUUCAAGGGAUCCUACCUGCGAAUUCUGACGUGGCGGGUCUUUGGCAAGAACUCGAGCAGCAAUCGAUUCUGCUCCCCGAAGUGCCCAAAAAAGCGGCCGCCGGCGGCGCGGGCGCGGGCCGAGGGGCCGAGCGGUCGGAUCAGCCGAGCGAUCGGCCGCGAGAAGAGGAGGUCAAUAAGCAACGUUUGUGGGGAUAUCUUUGCGCGCGUUUUUCAGUGCAGAUGCGGUGCGAGGAGAGCGCCAUGAGGCGGCUGUCAGAGAGUGGUGAGAUCCUCAAAUUUGCAUGGGGGGACGCAGCUGACAAAUGGAACCUGCAGAUCUACAAUGCUAGGUACCGGUGGAUGCGGAAAUCAGAUUGUGUACAGCUUGGCCGGGCUUGGCGUUUCCUAUGCAAGCACCCUCAUACAAGAACCAUGGAGUGUGAUGUUGAGGAGAAGCGUAAAGAGUAUUCCUCCCUCUUGUUCAAGUCCAUCCACCUGCACACACUGGUUCCCCAGCUGCUGGGCAACAGAAAGACUGCCUUGGUUGACAAAGUUUCUGCGCAUGUGCACGCAAGCUUGCUAGAAAGCAGCAGCCUCGAUGCCCUUGAUGAAAGCUUUGCAAAUCACAUUUGUUGGUGUUCUGACAUGGGCGUUGAGUCUGCGUUGCCAAGCUUUCAUGUGUUGAGCGCGGAGAAGGUGAUGCCAGCCUGGUUGCAGCCGUCCCGUGUGAAUGUCCACGAACCAGACGAUGAUCAUUUUGAAGAUGGAGUAUUGGUUAACCUAGAAUCUGCCAAUUGCAAAAGUUCACCCCUCAUGCCGCAGGCAAUCUCUGUGCCAGGGAUAUGUCAUGCCAUACACAAUGCAACUGGAAGAUUGAAUUCUGCCUUCCAUGGGUUUGAAGAUUUUUUGGGCAAACUCAAGUCCUUAUACCAGUUUCUUGGCAGCCCUCCUUGUUGCAAUAGGUUUGUGGAGGUUGUCAUGCGGGGUACUUUGCAUUAUGAGCGUGCCAAAGAGCUGUUUUUGCGCAGGUUGACUUCUAUCUACACUGAACGUUGGAACAUUGCGGCCAUUUGUUUGGAAGAGUCGCUUCCCCUUCUGUUGUUUUUGAGGACUCACUGGGAUGAUGUUCGCUUCUUACGCAACGCUGACGAUGAUGGGCCCAGUGACGCUUGCAUGAAAGAUGGGUGGUCCCCCAAAGAGCUCACAAUCAUCGUCCAAGACAGCUACUUCCUGGCUUUUUGGCGCAUGCAGCUGGCCAUUCGCAAGCAAUUGCUCCACUUCACAUCGUGGGCAGAGGGGUGCAGUUGUCAUGGGGGUAGUUUGGUUGAAAGCUUCAUGAAUGAACAUGAAAGUGAAGUCAGCUUCGAACAUGUCUUGAAAGCUGAGAUCGUUUGCCCAGCAGGAAUUCCUUGUCGAUGUCCCAUGGCAGGAUGUCAGGCUCCAUUUCUUGCUGCUGAUAACUUCUCAGAUUUUGAGCGGAAACUUGAUUCAACUUGCCAAGAGUUCAUGAGUAAUUGUCAGGAGCGGCUGACUUCAGAGCAAUGGUCAAGUUUGCUUGCAGAAUGGCAACAUGGUUCGAAAGUUGUUCUUGAAGAAGUGAAAGCUAGGCUGAGUUUCUUUUCGCACUUGCCGUGGAUCGUGUUUGGGGGGUGUCACCCAAUGCCAGAUGUGGCUCGCAAGGCCUUGGCCAAAGCUAAGAAGUUGUGGGAUGAUUUGCCAUCCAAUGCGCGCGAAGCUCAGCAUCCAAUUGCUAGGAAUCUUUUUGAUGGCGAACAAGAAACUUUGACACAAGAGCUUGCCAGUUUCAUUUCAUCAUCCGACCAAGUGCUGGAAGACUUUCCUGCCUUAGAGGCAUUCUUGGCCCCCUUUACUUUUGUACAGGUGGCUGAGCGUUUGAUCGAGGCAGCCCAUAAGGACCUAGGACAGACAAGGCCAAAGAACUUUAGCGUGACUUGGUUGUCGCUCAACAUGAGAAUGCCUGAGCUGAACAAGCAUCUUGCUAUGGAUCCCCAUGCCUUUCCAAUGCUUGUUGAAGCGUUUUCGGAAGCCCGCCAGCUUGCAAAGUUUGCCGAGAUGUUUCCCUGCCAUAGGAAUCACCCAGAUUUGAUCAAGAUAGGCCGCAGCAAAGACAAGCAUGCAUUUUUCGCCUUUGCCAGGCAGGCGCUCUACCGGGAUUCCAGAAUGCAGUUUGCUACAAAUCAAGAAGCUGAAAGUAUCCACAACCAAGAAUCCAAGAAAGCCAGCCAAAGCUUCGUGCCUUCUCCUGCGCACAUCCCUUCCAUGCAGACUUUGGUUUCUUACCGCUUUGCUCAGGAGAUGUCAGAUGGUGGUUACUUGCUCACGGCUUCAGCCAUCCAGCGCAUGGAAUUUCUUCGCAGCUUAGAAUCACCACUGUGUCUUUGUAAAGUGGGUAUUGGUGCCUUAGCUGACUUGUCCGAUUUGCAACUUUUCGUUCAGAUGCGGUCCAAGGGUUGGGAAUGGUCCCUCAUGCCAGUAAAGCAGCAGAAAGAGCGGGUCUACAAGAUUGGUGAUUGUCCACCAGAGUCCAUUGUCUUAGCUCAGGAGUUGACAGAAAACCCUCCAGCCCUAAUUAAGACUGAUGAGGAACUAGAUGCAGAGGUAGCUAGCAGUGCUAAGCCGUUGAAAAAGCUUUCGAAGGGUCUUGACAAGAAAGAUUCGAAGAAAGGUCUGGCUUUGGAGAUUUGUGGCUACGUGCCCCAGGCUUUCGAUGAUGAGCCAUGUCACAUGCAGGAGCUGUUGGCUUGGCCAAGCCAGGUAGCCGAUACUAUGGUUGACGCCUGUCAUGAGCUUGAAGCCGAGUCAAACCUGAGAGAUUGGUUUGACAUGCAAGCCAUCCCGGUGGGCCCCAAGCUCUUUGUGACAACCCACUACACAGGCUUGGGAACAGUGGAGCAUUGCAUCGAGAGGUUGGCGAAGACUUUUCAUUGCCCUUCACCUUGCUUCCACUCAGCGCACGAGAUUGACUCAGCAGCCCGAGAAUUGCUCCUUCAUUCCAAGCAUUGCCCCAACCACAUCUUUGGUGACCUUUGCGCGCAGUUUGAUGCAAGUGUGGUUGAGCGAAUGGAGUGGGUAUGUUGGGUCAUGGCAAAGAGGGCAGGAGAGCUUAAAGACCAGGGUGUUUCCGGCAAGGCCUUGAAGGUAGCGCUUGAGCAAGCCAACCGACGCUGCAUGGAGAAGUUGAUUCAUGUGGCAGCAGAGGCUUGUAAGAGCAACAAGGUCCACGCGCACGGAUACUGUUACAAACACUGUACCAUGUGCCCAUUCUUUCCCGAAAUUCAAGAAGGCGACAAAGUGCUUGAAGCAGGUGGCAACACCUGUGUGGCCUUUAGCCCGCAGGGGUGCCAUGGGCGAUGGCUCCACCGUUCAGGAGUUGUCGCUGCAAUGUGGCUUGCCCGCACAAGGCACCGGGCUGUGGACUUUGUGUUGCAGGAAUGCUCCUCCUUCUUCAACACAGAGGAGGCCUUCAGAUGCGCAUUCCCACCACCGGAGUUCAGGACGCAUGUGGUCAAGCUCAAAUGUGAAGAUGUGGGAGUGCCAAUGAUUCGGUGGCGCAACUACUCGUGGACCAUCAACACCGAGACUGUGGAGUUGGAGAAGCCAAUCAACAGAGAGAACUUCUUGCAAUGCUGCUCCUCCUCACCAUGUCUUGAUGGCCAUUCUUUCUUCAUCGCGCCUCAGUGGAUGAUCCAAGACCACUUGCGUGCAAAGCUGCUGAAAGUGAAAGGUGUUCUAUGUGAUCCUGGUGCCGUUCUCCCCAUGGACAUUGCCCUUGAUGUAGGGUCCAAGCUCCGCCUCGAGGACUACCAGAGGUUGCUGGGCAGCCCGGACAUACUGACAAGGAAGAUGGUUGGCGUGGUUGACCUGUCCCAAAAUGUGUGUGUGAGGCAGCGGCUGAGUACCAACCUUCCUUCCUUCUUAUGUCAGUCAUGCAUUUGGUCCCAAUGGCACGGCAGGAUGAUGCUUCCUCUUGAGAUGAUGGUGGCAAUGGGUUGGCCAAUUUCAGGGCUGGCGGAGAAUCCCAUCGAUUCGCCUUGGACCCUCGAGUACUUGUCAAAGUUCCGCAGCUCAGAGAUUGUGAAGAUGACAGGAAACCAAAUGCACUGUCGAGUUGUCGGCAGCUUUUUGGCUUAUUGUUUGGCCAUGACAAAGCCACGGCAGAAGCUCUUGGAGAAGACAGUUCCUGAUUCAAUCGAUGAGGAGAUAAGGGCCGCAUGUGCCGAGCCCGAUUCGAAACCAACGGGUACCAAAAGAGGCAGACCCAAAAAGCGCUGUGCUGAUGAGGCGGAGGGUACUGACAAGCAGGCGCUUCAAGCCAAGCCUCAACCAAAAAAGCGGGCCAAGCACGGUGUUCAGUCUUGCAAAGGUUGCAAGAAAAAGAUCAGUGCUGAGCAGCAAGCGACCAAUUUCCCAGGCUGCGUCCCUUGCAAAAGGGCACUAGACAACAUCACGAAGCUAGCUUCAAGACAGGGUGAGCAAGCAGUGAAGUUUGUCAGGGAGCAGCGUGAAGACCCUGACAAAUGCUUUGCAAUGGUGCAGUCCUACUUUGAGGUUUGCCCCGAGUGUGAGCCAGGCGCGGCCAAAAACAAGAAGAGAGGUUCUUGGAGCAUUGUCAAGUACCAAGAGCGCAUUGUGGCUGCAAGCGGCUUUGUCAAGGACAAGGUUGGGGAGAUGAUGGGGAAGAAAUUGUACCUCGAAUUUGCUCAAACCAUCAGAGGGGGAAGGAAGACAGAUGACCAAGCUGCUGCUCAAUGGGCUGAGUGGGAGUCAAGGCUCGAAGCUGGUGACAAGGACCUUUUCUUUGAUCAUAUGGGAGAGAAUGGUUCUUUGAGGUUUUGGAUUCAUACCGGGGACGAGGUCAGGUUCAGAACUAGCUAUUUGCAGGAGAAAGCUGUCACCAUGGACGGGGAAUCCAAGAAGAAUGGCAGCCAAGAAGAUGUUGACCGCCUUAAGAAAAAGGUGACUUCCAAGCAUGAUCCCAUCGCUGACCAGAUCCAGAUUUGCCAGGCCAUCGUGCGCAAUGGAGAGGCUGCCUUCCAAGGCCAAGAUGGGUUCCUUGUGGACGUGAUGGAGCUUGCUCAGAUUGCAGAAAAGGUCAAGGACCAGAAUCCAGAUGAAGAGAAUGGUGUGGAUGGGAAUGGGAAGUCUGAAAGUGAGACCUCGCCUGAGAAAGUGAAGCCCUGGGUGGAUCGGGACAGGGUGGUUUCAUCUACCAUGAGGUCAUGCGAUGCGCAAAUCAAAGUGUUCAAGCUGAAGUGUCAACAGGGUCUUUCUGAGUGCAAGGAGAAGUUAGAGGGGUACCAGCAGUCCAAGGACGCUGACUUCCAGAAAACCUUUGCUGGUGAGAUCAAGCUCCUGGAGAACCGAGUUGAAGAAAAGAAUGAUGAAGACGAAGUCAAAGCUUACAUAGCGCGCUUUGCUGGAGUGACCGCUUCGGAGGAAGUGCUUGAUGCCGCAGUGGGCGCAAACCCAGUGGAGCUAGGAAAGGAGGUGACAGCCGAGAUUGCAGCCAUUCGUUCCCCGUUGGCGCAGCUCCUAGCAGCGACUACCAGGGCGCAGAAAUCUGUGAAGAGUGCAGUUGAUCAGUUGGCCAAACGGGAGGCCAAGCAGCAAGCUGCUGCGUCAAAGGCCAAGAAGGCCGAUGAAGCAAACAAUGCUACCAAUCCUUUGUUUGACCAAGGCGCUGCUGCAGCCAAGGCCAUUCCGCGUGUGGCUCCUGGUCCUGGUGUGACAUUGGAGGUGUCCAAGCCCUUUUGUGUGAGUGCUGCCACUUGGGUGUCAGACUUUAUGGGUGAUGGGAAGUCUUCAAGAAAGGAGGUUGACGGCUUCAAAGAUGGCUUUGACGCGGCCCGUGCCAAGAGUAAAGGCACGCGGAUUUCCAAGGCCUUUGCUGAAGAUGAGAAUAUGAAGGAAGUGACUAGCUACAUUGCCAGCCUUUUCAAGGAUUCCAAUGUCAUGGUGCCAGCCGAAAAUUGGAGUGAUGCCUUGAAAUCGACUUUGGUUUUGGGGAUGUUUGGGAUUGAUGUAGGCUAUGACAAAGCCUCUUCAGAGUUCCUCGGAACUGCAACAUGCCGCAUCACCCUUGAAGGGACGCGGGUUGUCAUGAUGACCGAAAUGUUGCAGCUGCAUGGCUUUAUGCAGCGGAAGGGGGUCACCGCUGCAAAUGUGGGCAAGAUGUCUGCUUUCUUCAGGUCGAUGAGCGUUUCCGUGCUGCAAGAGUUCCAGAAGGAGUGCACCUUGUGGACAUGCACUGUGGGGCAAGGUGAUUGCCUCUUCGCUCCCUAUGGCUUCUUGGUUGCAGAGCGUGUGCAGCAAAACACAAUUGGCAUUCGCGUGCCUGUCCUUUGCAAGUCGAGCUCGCACGACAACAGCUUGGUCGCCCUCAAAAAGAAGGCAGAUGACCUAGCGCGUGAGUUGAAUGAGGGAGCAAGCCUCCCGGAAGCAGAGAAGAAGAAGGUGGCUCACGAGAAGGCCCUGGUUUCCGAUUUGAUGCAAGCAAUCCAAGUCUCAGUCUAA